GUGGGUUUCCGUUUGCGAACGGAAGUUGUGCUUUUCGCCAAGAAAAGGAGAAAGAGAGCUUUUUACAAAGUCCGUCAGGAAGGAUGCGAGCCUGAGAGGGGAGGCUAUUCCAGGCAGUGUAGGCCUGCAAGUCAAAGUCUCCCUGUAUGUGGAAGUGUCACCGUUUCCUGCUUGGAUCUGCUGUCAGUGCACAGACUCAUGACCAUCUGCAACCAGUAUGAACUGGCCUCGGGGACGAAGGCGAAUUGAGGCAAGAGUGAGGCCAUGUUUUUGGGAACUGGGCCGACCAAUCCUUUAUCCCCUUCACCAUCUGUACAGAUUACCUGAACGUGCUGGAAAUGUGAUUCGAAGGGGCUGGAGUGAGCACAAAAACUUGGGAGGAGCAUAUUACCAAGGUACAAAUUUUAAUGCCUUUGAGAGUCCAUAUGUGAAAACUCAGAGAAGCUAAUCUGAAAGAACUGGUAAAUUGAAUUGAAGGAAAGUUAUCAUGUCUGCACCAUGACACCAUAUAAACUUCAGUCUGCAUUCUCACUUUGUAUUCUAUCUCUGAAGAGACCUAAGCACAGUUGAUCAGUAUGAGAAACCAUCCUGUCCAUGCACAGUGCACUCGAUGUCCAUGUCGGGUUUUUUGAGGAAUGGCCUCUUUGGACCUACCCUACCGCUGUCCAAGGUGUGGUGAACACAAGCGUUUUAGAAGCCUGUCUUCAUUGCGAGCCCAUCUGGAAUAUAAUCACACAUACGAGACACUUUAUGUGCUUUCUAAGUCCAAUAGUAUCUGUGAUGCUAGUGUUGACAAGUCCGUUCUGAUACCUACUUCGUGUAAAGAAAUAUUCGAAAGUACUUCAUUCAGGAGUAAAGAGCAAAGAUAUUUGUAUGAUUUACAGUGUGGGGACGAUUUACCACUUGGUUCCACCUGUUACUUCCCUGAAGUUGAAGUUCCAGUUAAUGAUAUACUCAUGAGAAAGGCUGUGACAUCUUCUGCUCCCCCUGCUGCUCUCGCUGCGGCAGCAGUGGAUGCAGUUUAUGAGGAAGGCCUGGCUCGAUUAAAGAUUCAAGCACUUGAGAAACUUGACUUAAAUGAACGCCUAGAGAAGCUGUCAGAGGAAGUGGAGCAGAAAAUCACAGCUCGAGUAGACAAACUUCAGACAGAACUUGAGAAAAAGAGCUCUGAGUUAGAGAAAGCCAAACAGGAAAGUGUGAAGUUGAGUCAAGAAAAGCAAGACCUUGAAGAAAAGGCCUCUGAGUUAUCACGUCAAGUUGAUGUGAGUGUAGAGAUGUUGGCUACAUUGAAACAAGAUUUGGUGCAGAAGGACCAAGAACUUGCCAGGAAACAACAGGAGGUGUCACAGAUUGAUCAGUUCUUACAAGAGACAGCAGCACGGGAAGCAAAUGCAAAAGUUCGCCUGCAGCAAUUUAUAGAGGAACUUCUGGACAGAGCAGACAGGGCUGAAAAGCAGCUAAUGGUGAUCAGUAGUUGUGGUACGACACCUAACGGAAGUCUGGGAAGGUACAGCAACCCUGGGGCAAGAAUUGGCAGAGAACAGCGUGAAAGACCCAUACCUCCGGCUGGAGCUACCAGAGGGAAUAUGUCUGCAUCUGAACAACAGUCAUUACCAAAUGUCAGACCAAAGCCCGUAGCACAUCUGUCACGAUGCUAUGACAGUGACAGUUUUACGCCAUCUGUAGAUAUGCAGCACAAUGAACAAAGUCCAGAGAGGAUCUAUUUUCACAAACAAAGCCGCAGCUCAGAGAGUAGAUGCAUCAGGGAUCCCAUGUCCCGAAGUUCAGCACUACGGAGGCAAGCUGUUGAAAACUGGCACCGUAGGCCAUAUCGUAACAGCACGGAGGGAGAAGAAGGUGAUGUGUCAGAUGCGGGAUCUAGAACAACGGAAUCUGAGGCAGAAAUAUGGGAACCAGAAAGUAAAUGUUCAUCAGAGAUACAAAAAUUUGGAUCAAAUCGUGCCAAGGCUUACCGACUGGGUGCAAGUAAUGCCAAACCAGUUAGUUACAAAGCAACUAAACUACAAAAGGGCAGCCCUUCCCGAUCAAAUGAAGUUAUCAGCCCUGAGGUUCUAAAGAUGCGAGCAGCAUUAUUUUGUAUUUUCACCUACUUGGACACAAAGACAUUGCUGAAAACAGCUGAGGUCUGUCGGGACUGGAAAUAUGUGGCAAGGCAUCCAGCAGUUUGGACUAGAGUUCUGUUGGAGAAUGCUAGAGUAUCCUCCAAGUUUAUGGUGACCCUUUCCCAAUGGUGUACACAGACACACUCCCUCACUCUGCAAGGCAUUAAACCUCGUCCAAAAGGAAAAAAGGAAAGUAAAGAGGAAUAUCUUAAAAACACACAUGGUUGUCUGGAGACUGGACUGGAAUCCCUGCUGAAGGCUGCUGGCAGCAAUCUUCUAAUUUUGAAGGUAUCCCAUUGCCCAAACAUCCUGACUGAUCGUUCUCUUUGGUUGGCAAGCUGUUACUGCCGUGCACUACAAGCAGUAACUUACAGGAGUUCAACAGAUCCAGUUGGCCAUGAAGUGAUCUGGGCUUUGGGAGCUGGGUGUAGAGACAUUAUUUCCCUGCAAGUUGCGCCAUUACACCCAUGCCACCAGCCAACUCGAUUUAACAACCGCAGUCUACAGAUGAUCGGGCGUUGUUGGCCACACUUACGAGCACUGGGAGUCGGUGGUGCAGGAUGUGGACUACAGGGACUAGCUUCUUUGGCUCGGAACUGCAUUCGAUUACAAGUACUGGAACUCGAUCAUGUGACUGAAAUUAACCAGGAAGUAGCUGCAGAAGUUUGUCGGGAGGGAUUAAAGGGAUUAGAAAUGCUGGUCCUGACAUCAACCCCUGUCACACCUAAAGCUCUACUUCAUUUUAACAGUGUCUGUCGCAGUUUAAAAUCGAUUGUGGUGCAUAUCAGUAUAGUCGAUUACUUUGAGGAUGCUGACAGCCCAGAAGCUCGAAGGUUAUUUGAGGAAAUGGUCAACAAACUUCAGGCUCUGAAGAAAAGGCCUGGCUUUGCAAAAAUUCUCCAUAUCAAAGCAGAAAGUGUUUGUUGAAGUUUACAAAAACAAACCGAAGCACACUCAAUUUAAACCAUCAUUCAGACAGCAAAGUAUAAUUUUAUUGAAAUGUUUGACAAGAAAGAAAAGCCAACAGAGUUGUUGUAUAAGAGACCAUACACGACUCAGCUACACCUGUACAGCAAGCUUCAUUCAGCCAAUGAACCUGUCAUCUCCAAUAUAUUCAAUAAAAAAGAUAGAACUGAGCCGACUACCUGCAAUAAGGCAUAUUGAAAAGGUCAGUUUGCACCUAGUAUUCAGUCAAGUGACCAACAGUAAACCGAAUCAUUCCUCAGUGAGAUGGUCUAUCAGCAUCAAGCAAAGUGUUUUCUCAAUGAGGCAUCCAACAAAGGAGCAUCAUUAAUUUGCCCAGGAAACUAUCCACGAUGGAACCAUGAAUGGAACCAGCACUGAAGCAACUGAUGUUUCAGUGUGACACUCUUUCAGUCUGAAAGCAUAUGACAUCCAAGUUGAAAGGGAAGAUUCAGAUUAAUCAAUCUAAACAGGAUACCUUAAACAUGUGUAACGUGUGAAAUGGAAUGAAACAACAGCUGGAGGACAAGGGAGAGCUGAAGGUACAAUCUGUAAAACAGCAAUAUAGACCUGAGAUGAGAAGGCGGUUUUUCAAUGAUGUGUUCAAGAGUUGAAUUUCUGGGUGUGGGAGUGAAAGCCAAUUUCACAGAUGUGUUGGUGAGACAGAGAGUUUCUAUCAAAGGAUGAACCAAAAUGCCCCGCUCAUUUUGUUGUGCUUAUUUAUUUCGAGACAUUCUAAAAUGGAAUAGCCUUUGAACCAGUGACCCUUCAGCUGGGACUACAUUUAAUGAAAACACUAUCAACCUAAGUCACCCGCUGUGUAUUGCACCAUUACCACUAGAACAUUGUAGAUUCUGUUUCCGCUGGUUGUACAAGCCCCAGUAUCAAUUAGUAUGGUUAUAAAUCCUUACUCAUUCACUAUGAAGGUGGAAGGAAGGAAGCUAACUUCUUACAGCUUGCAUUUCUUUUACAGAAGGUUUCAUUAUCACCUGUUCUAACCAUGGUUUCUACACUUCUCAGUAAGUAUAAGAUUAAAUUAGAUUUCAAUCAUAGAGGGAGCAAAUUGCCAUGAAAAUACAAUUUGUGAGCUUCUGUAUAAAGUCUUAUUUAAAAAAGAACCCGAUGUUGUGUAGAGCAGAAGGAGAAGCGAUAAUUGGAAUCAUUACAACUUGAACUCUUGUGAGAAAGAGUAGCGGUUACAGGAGGUAGAUGGUGAGAUACCAGAAAGUGAGGCAUGAAAUCCAGCCUUUCAAAGUAAAACCUUUACCAAAAUUUCUUUGAUUGUUUCGAUGAUGAAAGCCUCUGACCAGUAAGAUGCCUUUAUGCUCAAACUUACUCUCUCAAACAAUAGAAUUCUAUUUCUGAUUGCUCUCUGAAACAAGGUACAUCCUGAAUAUCCUAUCUGACCUUCUAAAUCUGAGAUUGAUUGAAGCUUUUAUUGAAACAUUAUGCCACUUCUUCCACUAAUAAGCACUCCUGGUUCUUCAAAUAAACAAUGAACCCAUUCUGUGUGACCUCAUCUAUCGGACCACUAAAAUAGAUGAGCAGAUUAUUUUCAAAAACUGGUUUCCUCUUGACCAUGAGGUAUGAAGUUGCUAACAACUGGCAUUGAAAAACACUAUUAUUAUGGCACUAACAUAUUUCAGAUUAUUCAGCAAAUGUCUUUAGCUCUCCAACUCUGAAUAUCAUUGACCCAGCAAACCCCAAUUUCAGAUGGCAUAAUUACAACAAUGUAUUUCAAUUGUGCUGUGCUGGAUUUUGGUUCCUAUAACAAAAUGUCACGUGCUGAUAAUUCCCAAGCCAAAAUAAUCACCUUGUAUACUAGGUACAUAAACACAUAAAAUAGGUCAAGUAUUUGCACCAUCAGUUAAUAUACAACAGCGACUGAACCUGCAAAAUUUGUAUAUCAUUGGAAUAAAUACAUAUGUGCUGUACAUAAGCUCAACAUAAUGCAAUUUCUAGGAUACAUUAUGUUUACAGUUAAACAGUAAUGAAACUAUCCUGAAUUACUAUUAUCCAUGCCAACAAUGGUCAUUGAGAAAUUACAUUGUGUAAAAUCCAUUACAGUCAUGACACAAAAUAUAAAACUAACUUCUGCGGGCCCUAUGCUUAGCAUUACAUCAUUGUGUAAAGCCAACUGCUGUUUGUUCAUUUGAGGUAUAAGAAUCAUUCUGAUCAGUGGGAUGUCACAGACUGGUUUUGUAUGUGUAUUGCAUGUGCCUAGUGAGAAUUUGAUGCGUUUAUUCUGAUGAUAUUAUUUACUGCCAGAGUAAGCUGACAGUGUUAGAUCUGUGCCAAACUGUUCAAGAUACCCUCACAAAUGUGACUUGUAAAGAUAUAUUGUUUAACAAAACAAAUAUAUGUAAUUUAUGGGUUAUGGGAAAAAGGAAAGGCAAUGGCAUUAAGUGAACAACUCUUUUUGAUAACCCAGCACAGACUCAAAAAGCUGAAUUGCCUCCUUCUCUACCAUAACCAUCUUAUGAUUCUGUAAUUCUAUGUUUGGGAAAAUAUUAGUAGGUUAGUAAAAUGUUAUUUAUAUGUUGUAGAAUAGAUUUAACUUUUAUAAAUUCA